AUGAGAGCUUGUAGUCUGUGGGAAAAAGAUACAGCAGGACACAUGGACGAAGUAGGGGUAGCAGACCUUGGAGUGGCUCAAAAUAAGACAUUUGAUGUAACCCCAGGUGCACAUGGUGCUGCUGAUACUGUGACCAUUGAUAAACCUAUCAUCCCAGAGUUACCGGCCAAUUCUAAAAACGAAGGAUUUAGAAAACGUCACCAGGCUAUUAAUGAUAGUAAGAAAAUAACCUUGUAUGAUCGUUUACAUCUGGAUUUAUUUCAACAAGACAGAUUUCUACCCAAUGGAGUAGAUGUCCGUUUGAGAUUUAAUCGAGCUAAACCUCAGUUCUAUGUGAUGAUCAAAGCAGGAAGUACGGGAAAAGUCAAAAUAUUGAGCAUGAUCUUGAGGGUAAGAAGAGUCAAACCCACGGCAGUCAUGAUGAAUGGUAUUAAUCAAGGUUUGAACACUCACAGAGCUAAAUAUCCAUUGAGAAGAGUCGAAGUGAAAACCUUUACUAUACCCACAGGAACUCAAUCUAAAAUCACGGAUCAUCUGUUUCAAGGCCAGAUGCCUAAACGCAUCAUUUUAGGCUUUGUGGACAAUGCGGCUUUUAACGGAGAUAAAACUAAAAAUCCCUUUCAUUUCCAAAACUUGGGAAUUGAGAAAUUAGAUGUCAGUAUCAACGGAGAGACCAUGAGUACUCGUUGUUUCGAACCUAAUUUCAAUGAAGAUUUAUAUCUGAGAUCUUAUCUGAGUUUAUAUCAAGCACUGGGAAAAUUAGGAGAAGAUUGGGCCCCGGACAUCACUCAAGAAGAGUAUAAAAACGGAUACACUUUAUGGGGUUGGGAUUUCACGAAAGAUCAAGAAGCGCAAUCGGAUAAAUUCCACAUCAUAAAAACCGGAAAUCUGAGAUUAGAAGUCCAAUUUACGAACAAUACGGUGAACACCUUAAAUUGUGUGGUGUAUGCAGAAUUCGAUAAUCUGUUAGAAAUCAACAAACAGAGAGAAGUCAGUAUUGAUUAUUCCUGGAUACAGGACAGUUAA